CAGCCUCGGCGUUGUUUGGGGACAAGCAGACAGGCAGUCAGGCAGGCAGUCAGUCGGUGUGAAGAUGGCGGCGGCUCCGCUGUACUGCGUCUGCCGGCAGCCGUACGACGUGAGCCGGUUUAUGAUAGAGUGCGAUAUUUGUAAGGACUGGUUUCACGGCAGCUGUGUUAAAGUCGAAGAACACCAUGCAGUGGACAUUGACGUUUAUCACUGCCCCAACUGUGAAGUUCCACACGGACCCUCCUUGAUGAAGAAGCGAAAGAACUGGCACAGGCACGACUACACAGAGCCGGACGAUGGCAGCAAGCCCGUGCAGGCCGGGACCCUGGUGUUUGUGCGCCAGCUGCAGGCCAGGACCUUCGCCAGUGCCGACGAGGUCCUGACGAAGAUGCAUGGGAGCCAGGUGACGCAGCGCUAUCUGGAGAGGCACGGCUUCCGUUACCCCAUCGCCGUGACUCAGAAAGAAGGGCUUGGACUUCAGCUUCCCUCUUCAGACUUCUCUGUCAAAGACGUGGAACGAUAUGUUGGUGGUGACAAAGUGAUCGACGUUAUUGACGUAGCGAGGCAAGCAGACAGCAAGAUGAAACUGAGAGAGUUCGUCAAGUAUUACUACAGCCGUCAACGGCCAAAGGUGCUCAACGUCAUCAGCCUCGAGUUUUCCGACACCAAGAUGUCUGAGCUAGUGGAAGUCCCUGACAUUGCACAGAAGAUGUCCUGGGUAGAGAACUACUGGCCUGAUGACUCCUACUUCCCCAAACCCUUUGUACAGAAAUACUGCCUGAUGGGAGUGAAGGGCAGCUACACAGACUUCCACAUAGACUUCGGAGGCACGUCAGUGUGGUACCACGUGCUCUGGGGCGAGAAGAUAUUUUAUUUGAUCAAGCCUACCCCAACCAACCUCGCGCUGUACGAGGAGUGGAGCUCAUCACCGAACCAGAGCGAGGUGUUCUUCGGUGAGAAAGUGGACAAGUGCUACAAGUGCGUCGUCAGCCCUGGAACCACCCUGUUCAUCCCGACAGGAUGGAUCCAUGGAGUUCUGACCUCUGAGGAUUGCAUGGCAUUUGGAGGGAACUUUCUCCAUAACCUUAACAUCGGCAUGCAGCUCAGGUGUUAUGAGAUGGAGUGGCGGCUAAAGACUCCCGAACUCUUUAAGUUUCCUUAUUUUGAAGCUAUAUGCUGGUAUGUGGCCAAGAACCUGCUGGAGACCCUCAAAGAACUGCGAGAAGAUAACUGCCUGCCUCCUGAUUACUUGACUAAAGGAGUGAAAGCUUUAAUUACUGCACUGAAGAACUGGCUAAGGAGAGAGGUCACCGAGUCCGCCAGCGAAGUCCCCGAUCAUAUCAGACCCAACCAUCUCAUUAAGGAGCUCACCAAGGAAAUCCGCUACUUAGAGGAGGAUCAGACUGCAAAUGCUGGGAGCAAGCCUGUGAAAUCUCAUGGAAGCUUAGCGUGUCCUUCCACGAGAUCGUCUCACGAGAGAAGCUCCCAGAUGCGCAAGAACGGCAGACAGCUUCGGCAUCACCACCACCACCACCACCACCACCAUCAUCAUCAUCAUCAUCAUCAUCAUCACUCACACGUGCCCAAAGCUCCUUCCAACCUGGACAUUUUUGAGCAGCAUACUCAGGAGGUCCUGAAGAGACUGGAGAUGAGCCCUUUUGAGGAUGAUUCUUCCUUCAGCCUGAAGGUCAAGUUCAACAAGGUGUCCACGGCCUCCGCCGCAGCUGCUGAGAGUAAGCUGGACAACCACCUGCGUCUUGUGAUGUGCAACGGACGCAUUAUCAGAGACGACAGGUGGCGCGUCCGGAAAAAGAACACGGCUGCCAAUGAGGAAACGGGCGCUCAGAAGAGGUUUACGGUAAAGGUGAAGGCAGUGGUGAAAGAGGAGGAUGAGGAGCAGGAGAUGGAGGAGAAGCAGAGCUGCACAGCAGGUCACGAGAAGCCCAGUCCUCUUAGAGAGCUGUGUAAGUGGGAGAGCUCAGAUCUCAGGAACGGUGAAUCAGGAUGCGCCGAGGGUUCGUCAGACUCCGAGUCAGAGCGACGUUACACUACGCAGCAAAAGCAGCAAUCAUCAGGAGAAAACUCUGAGAGCUCGUCAAACGAAGAAGAGGAGGAAGUGGUAAGAAAGAAGAUUGUCACACCACAGAGUACAGCAAGCAAGUGCAACUCCAGCAGCGCUACAGAUUCCACCCACGCCAGCCAGCAACUCGGACACCACAACAAACCUUAUAAAAGAGACCCUUCUACCUCACCAAGUGCAGAGGAGGACGCUAUUCAGGGCAUGCUGUCUAUGGCAGGGCUGCUGUACCCUCACCCGUCAGAGGAGGGCGCCAGUUCCCAGGAGUCCUGGUGGUCCAGCCAUCCUUCCCCUGAUUACAAUGGGAAGGAAGCAGGAGAGGAAAACCCCGAUUCAGACAGCAACUCCACAAUCAGCAGUCAGGACGAGCGGCAGAUGCUAAAGCGCCACAGCAGGGAGAAGCGGACUGACCGGAGCCAGAGGUUACAGGACAAACAGAGCUUCAUGGACAGUCAGGGCAGUGGAAACAGCAGCAGCAGCAGCAGCAGCAGCGAGGCCUGGGGCAGUCACACACACUCACCUAGGGGUGAAGAAAGCCCAGAGUCACGCUAUCAGUACUGCGAGACAUCACUCUCCCCACUUCUGCACCCAAUGAAAAGACCUGCUACAAACCCCCCACCCAUCAGUAACCAGGCCACCAAAGGGAAACGACCCAAGAAAGGCAUGGCCACGGCGAAACAAAGACUGGGAAAAAUUCUCAAGCUCAACAGACACAAACCGUUUUUCGUGUAGCACCGACAGGAGGAGAGAGAGUGAGAGUGAGAGCGAGACCAAUGUUUUAAUUUCACAGACCCUUGUUUUGUCUGUGAGGGUGUACAGGGUAUUUAAAGAGCACAGUUUCUAAACACUGAAUGUGUCAGAAGCAUGAAGACGGCUGAUGAGCUGAUGGAGUUUGUUCCAGCUUCACUUUUAGCAUAAACGUAUCAUGUAAAGCAUUCCAGAUUUGGUGUUCCGAAGAGACAGACUGGAACCGAAGAGGAGGUCGUGCUGACGAUGAGAGCAGUCCUGUAUUAGGCUUCCAUUCUGACUUCCAUUCCUGCUUUCAGCGAGUGAUUUCUCGGACGUUCCUGGCGAUGGCGUGUGAGCGGUGAACUUUUGUUUUGUUUUGUUUUUUUAAAUGGUGCUUGACUUGUGUCCUACGAGGCCAGUCUCAUGAGGGUGGAGGCUUGGUGGUAGCCACCCUCGACUUCCUCUUUCCUCCGUCUCCUCAGCUUAAAUAAUGAACUUUCUGGCAGAUCAAGCUCUUCCCUGCUCAGACUACCUGACCCCUUCGCCUAUUCUCCAAGCAGGGAUAAGGCUACAUCUGCUACUUCAAGCAGCAGAUGCAGUUCUCACGCUUUGGGGGUUUUUUUGUGUGUUUUUUUUUUUUGUUUGUUUGUUUGUUUAGUUUUUUUAAAGAAAGCUAUUUUCUUAAAAUUUUUACACCCACAGACUCUGGUUUAUCCGCCAUAAUCUUACAUUGGUGUCAGUAGUCAGGAAUAUGCUCUCUGGCGCCCCCUCGUGGUGAAUAGAGAUAAAAACACAGGUUUAGGACAGGUGAUAAUGGGGGGAUGGGGGACAUUUUCCACCUAAUUUAUUACAAUUUGUACAUUUCUGGUGCUUGUUUGUUUUUACUCGACUUGUUCCUAUUGCUUGUUAAAUGGUGUAUUUAUUAUUGCUGAGCGUGAGUGAUGAUUCUAUUUCAGUGUGAUUGUUGACUUCUUCACCGUGAACAUACAGUUUACUAUAAGAGGAGCGUCGACGCAUUGCAGCAACAUGGUUAGCGUUUCAUAAAGUACAGCUUCCUCUCAUUUCUUUUCAGAUCGUACGCUCGACAGAUGCCUGCGUUUAGAACGGAAAAUAGGCUAGCGAUCCUUAAGUAAGCUACUAGACUCGGCAUUAGACAGAAAAUUCAGUCCCUACUCAUGUUUUAUAAAUAAAACAUCUGUAGAUCUGAAAUUACAGGCGAUAGUGGUCCAGUAGGAGUGCUCGGUAUCGGAUUGGUAGAGUUCUAGUUCAGUAUGCAUCACAGCAUGUGCAGGGGUGCCAAUAAUGCAGGGUUUAGCUGUUACACCGUAAUGAAGGGGAUUCACUGAAGGGGAAUGGACAUGAAUAGUUUGGCCGUGGAUAUUUUUGCUUUGCUAGGUUUUUAUUCUAGAUGAUCUCUGUAUGGUCACCGUUCAGUAUUUUAUUUCAGUACGUAAGACCUUCAGAAUUCAUUGUGAUGGUGUAAAGCAGUGGUAAGGUUAUGACCUCAAGGCUGAUUAUUUUCCUAGAACAUCAUGUCCUAAAAUUAGAAUGGGGAUACGAUGGCCCAUCGUUUAAAUAAUAAGAGUUUUUGCAAAUAAUGACGCAAAAUUUCAUGGAAAUACGAAAAGUCUCAAUAUUUUGAGAAUAAAGUCAUAAUGAUGUAUAAAGCGUAUUCAUGUUUUAAAAUGAGGAACGUUGAGGAUUUGAUGUUAUAGUUUCUUUUGUUAAAUGAGAAUUCACAGACCGUGGUCGUCCUCGGUUACAUGGUGUCGUUCAAAAGGAUUGUGCAGACAAAUAAUAAUCCAAAUUAUCUAUCCGUAACCAUCGAUCCAAGUUCAUGUGGAACUUUGUUCUAAAUAAACAGAAUCUCCUGCAGAGUUUAACUUUCUAAUAAUAAUAAUAAUAAUCUCCUGAUGCUCCUGAAGAUUAAAAAUUUAUUGUCUGUGAAGCACAUUUCUUUGUUUUCGUUGUCCUGAGAUGCACCAUUCUCUUAUAGUAUUGUGACUAUAUUCUCUAAUUAUUAGAAAUUUAUUCUCGAAAUAUUCCAAAUAUUACGACUUUUAAUCUGGAAAUACUAUGACAUUAUUCUCAAAUAUUCUGAAUUUUAUAUAUAUAUAUAUUUAUUUAUUUUUUUUUUAAAAUAAAUGUUAGAACUUUAUUCUCAAAAUAUUAUGACUUUUGUCUCGAAAUCUUACGAAUAUUACGACUUUAUUCUUAAAUAAUGUGACUUUUUUUUGUAUUGGGACUUUAUUCUCGAAAUGUUACGACUUUUAUUUUCGAAAUAUUGCGACUUUAUUCUUGAAAUAUUACAAAUAUUACGACUUUUAUCUCAAAAUAGCAUGCUCCUCAUAAUAUUACGACUUGAUUCUCGUAAUCUUGUAUUUUUAUUUUUUAAACAGUGGCCCUAAAUCUCCAUCGUACAAAUUUCCUCUUACACCACAGCAACUUGCCAAGAUGACAUUUUUAUGAAUGUAGUACUUCGUAUAGUGUAGCAUACAAUAUAUACAUCUUAUUGAAAGGAAUAUACGAUGUACUUGAUGCUCAGCUCUACAAAUGUCUCCAAAUAAGUAAAUAUCUUAGCUGGAGUAUAUUAAGAUGUACAAUACGAGAGACAUAAAAUUAUAAAAUCCCAACAUUUCUGUAACUAUGUAUCGCUUCAAUCCACUUCAGACAUUUUCUCAUUUCCGCUGUUGGCACGGAGACGAGUUGCUGACUUGUUCACCGAUACACACUGAGGUUUGGUUAAAUUAGUUUCGUUGCGUGUUUGGAUGUGCUUGUCAGAAGUAUUGGCACCUCUGCAUAUGUUCUCUGCGUUUAUAAUGAGAGCUGCAUAGCGCUUUUUCUUAUUUUAUUUUUAAAAAAUUAUAUAUAGAUCCAGUUAGGAAAGCUCGAUACUCAAUCUCAUCCUGGGGACGACUUCUCUUAACAUCACGUUGAUGUUGCUGCCAAAUUAACAACGUUCCCUAUUUUAAUGUUUGCAUUCCUGUUCUUCUCUCCCCUCUACAACAGUAUAAGCUUUGCUGGCUCAUCAAGCUCGAGUGAAUGGAGAGACACACACUGUCUGAACUGGUGCUGAGUAUCGUUUAAAAAAACAAUUAAGACUAACUUUUGUUUCAUUGAUGAUUGGUAUAAUAAUGCAGGGAGGAAAGUGGGGAUUUAGAUUUUUUUGUCAUAGAAUUGGAUUUGGCUACUCAUUUUUACAAAGAAUUACAAGAGUAUUUAUUUUUCUAAGACGUGUCUUAAUUUGUGUGAGGAGGGAAAAAAAAGGUUUUGCAACCGCAACCAACAACGUGUGUGGAUUUAGUUUGUAUUAUUAUUAUUAUUAUUAUUAUUAUUAUUAUUAUUAUUACAACUUCACGUUAUUGUGUGUAUACGUGUGUGUUUUGUCAGUUUGCUCUGUUUCCGUGUAGUCUGAACAACCUCGGGUAAUUGUCAGGCUCAAGCUCAAGGCCCUGUUUUUGUAUGCCAAAUAAGGACAAUAAGUCCAUUUUCAUCGUCCCUCGUGAUGCUAUACUCUGCCCUGACAACGUCAUUGGAGUGUGCAGAGACACGAGGCAGUGUGUGUUCUGUCUGCGUUCAACGGAAACAGUCCUCCCAUUCAACCGUCUUCAUUUGAUCAGUAUUUAUCAGGAAGAUUUUCUUAAACUUUUUCAGGCAAUAAGACUCCCAAAAGCUUCCAGGUAUUUCACGUUUUCCAGUUUUCUCAAAACAAACUGAACUUCAUAAACACUCAGGGCUCAUGUGACUGUUUUUACCACACAGCUUUUGUUCUUUAUUUGGAUGGACUUGCACACACAGGUUUUGACCAACCCAAGCUUUCAGAGGUGUUGGAUCUACAAGUCAAAGCAAGAUCUCAAACCCCUGUUCACAAGUCGAUGGAAAAAAAACAAACAAAAAAAACAAUGCCAUGAUUCAUCCAGGAUGGAGUCUCUCCGGACGUCACAGGCUAAUUGAGGCUUUAAUACAUGAUUAUGCUUAUCAACAAACAAACCUUUAUUUAUUAUGGUGCUAAUGUAUCCAAACAGUACUCCAGCCAAAGUGUGUGUUCCUGUACUGUUGGAACGAUGGUGUGCAUGAAUUUGAGUUGUGUGUCCCCCACAACGAGAUACUGCAUUAAUGAAGCCCCGUCACAGCUGUCCCACACUACAACGUUCCACUUCCUGUCCCGUCAGUAACGUUUCGGGGCCGCAGGUGGGAUUCAUCAUCACAGUACUUUUGCUUGUACAGUAUUUAUUUGGCAUUCUCCUGUUUAUUUUAUUUUUUAUUUUUUUAUAUCUACUCAGUUUUACACAGAACGAAAGUCGUGUUGGUUCCUAGUUUGGACUUCUUCAAUAGUUUUGAUUCCUAAAUGUUUUUUUUUGUUGUUGUUGUUUUGUUUUCUUCUUUAUUUAAUUUUACUUCAAAUGUUUGUCACACUGUAAGAAGUUGUGAUGGAGUUUUCGAUAAGACAUUUUUCAGUUGUACAAUGUGGCCUGUACAUAUUAAAAGAUUUAUGAGUGAA